AUGCAUGGAUUAGUGCUGAUUUCUGCACUCGUCUUCAUCCCUGCUCCAGGAGAACAGUCCCCUGUUCUAACGCCGGAGCCAAUCCGGUGUGCACCGUGUACCCUGGAGAAGCUGAGCGCAUGCCCGGCUGCUCCAUCUGGCUGCAGGGAGCUGGUGAAAGAGCAGGGCUGCGGCUGCUGCAUGAGCUGCGCGCUGCCUGAGGGCACCCUGUGCGGGGUGUACACGGCACACUGCGGCACGGGACUGCGCUGCACGCCCAGAGCCGAUGAUCCGCACCCGCUCCACUCGCUCACCCAUGGACAAGCUGUGUGCACCGUGGACCACACUGUGCAAGGUGCGUCUCUUCUUCCUGUCUCUUCCGCUGAGAUAAUGUUUGCUGAAAAGUUGCACUCCGUGAUGAUGAAUUAUAACCAUCUCCUUCUAGAAGAGGCCAGUGACCACGACUUCUCCUUACACCACCUGCUGGGGCUGGAUAAAGCCGGAGACCCGGAGGCGCACAAAAGUAUCAAGGCGAAAGCCAACCACAUCCAGAGGAUCCUGGUGGAACUGGGUCCAUGUCACACUAAACUACACUUCGCCCUGGACACCAUUGCGGCCUCGCAGCAGGCUCUGGGCGAGAAGUUUACUACACUUUACCUUCCCAACUGUGACAAACAUGGCUUCUACAAGAGCAAGCAGUGCGAGACAUCCCUCAUCGGCCAGCCUGGACGCUGUUGGUGCGUCUCCACUUGGAAUGGACAGAGAAUCGCAGGAUCCAGCGACAUCCCCGAAGAUGCGCUCUGCCACCAGGAGAUCACUCAUUGA